ACCGCAUACAGCAUCAUAGAAGAGUUGCUGUUAGUUUCUAGCCCCUUAGACUUGUGACAUACAAGCUAAGAUCUUAGCAGCACAGGCAAGAUCCUUCAGUUUAUAAAAACGUGUGACUUCCCCUUCUUUAGAACAUCAGAGCCGAGUUGGAGAUGGUGCAGGACGAUCUGUCCCUGACCCAGAAAGAUAAAUUCAUGCUUCAAGCUAAAGUGUCAGAGCUGAAGAACAACAUGAAGACUCUGCUCCAGCAAAACCAGCAGCUCAGACUGGACCUGCGGCGUGGCGCAGCGAAGACGAGAAAGGAACUGAAAGGCGAGGCCAGCUCUUCUGGCCCCGUGACGCCAGUGAAGAUCCCUGACUGCCCUGUCCCGGCCUCCCUGCUGGAGGAGCUGCUGAGGCCCCCACCUGCCGUGAGCAAGGAGCCCCUCAAGAACCUCAACAGUUGUCUCCAGCAGCUAAAGCAGGAGAUGGACAGCCUGCAGCGCCAGAUGGAGGCACAUGCCGUCACCGUGCACGAGUCACUGUCCUCAUGGACUCAGGGGGAUCCCGCUGCCAGUGCUGCUCCCCUGGGAGAUCACGCCAACCCCAGGGGAGAUACAGAGCGACACAGUCAGUGCAGGGUCUCCAGAGAGGCGCUUGGAACAGCGGCCGCCGAGCACCCCCACUCCGAGUGCUUGUAACUACCCAAAGGAAUAAUCUUUUAUCAAUAUUAUUUAUUUGACUGUUUGCUCUGUGUUUUUCUAAGAGAUGAAGUUUAAAUUUUGCAUCUGCCUUUUCAAGGAGUAAAAGAACUGAACAAGAGCCAAGGAUUAGAGAAAUAGUAAUUUGCAGAUCACAACUAGCUUUUCCCCUGAAAUGACCAAAUGCUAGCAACCUAGUUUAGAUCUCAGUGAGUUUUUGAAUGUGUCUGAAGGGUUACUUGCGGGAGGAGGUCUCUGUUGAGUGACUGUAGCUGCAGCCCCCUGAGGGUGAUGCCAAUCAGUGGCCACCGGUGGAAACGCUGCAUGACUGGGUCCCGCUUCUCUCUUUCCAGAUUCCGUGAGAGCUUUAGCUCCCUGCGGAAACGAAACUUUAUUUGCACCUUUGGUUUUUAUUUUCAAUAGCUAUCUCACCAUAGGAUGUGUAUAUAAAUACUGAAAAUCAUAAGCUAAUCUUUAAAAAGUGUAUUCCAUAUUAUUUAAGAAUGACCUGAAUUGUCUUUUUAUUGAUCGCCUUUUGAAAAUCUGCUGUCAGGAAGUAACGUACAUGUAGGAUUUAGGGAUGUCAGUCAGAAAAUUAUAUUUUAAGAAAUAUAAUUAUUUUAUUUACUGUACCUUCUAAAACCAAAUAUUCUUGGAGCGAAAAGGUUUUUUGUUUCAGUUUCACUUUAUUUUUGAGAGCCUUGUCCUAAGUGCACACCCCACCCCAUCUGACCCUUGACCCUGCACGGCCUCACUCACUUUGGCUGUCCCCUAGGCGGGCCUGGCGGCCAUAAGGACACCAAUCACCAAUGUGCUGGCCUGACAUGGGAGAUGGUUGGGGAGGGGUCACAGGAGAGGAGGGGAGAGAGGGACCAGGGCUCCCUGCAGGGCUCUGAGCCAGGUGCAAGGCUUCUCCAGGCCUCCUCCCCCCGUCCCCCCCCCAACCCCGGGCCCACAUGAAAAUACGUCCAUCAGAGCCUGUGUGGUCAUCAGUGGUCAUCAGGGGACAUGCUGAACUCAUUGCGGUGACAGCCUUCAGAAGGUCCCGUAACCUCUCAUCUGGAGGGUUUUCUAGAACGGGCAGGUCAGCUGUGUGAGAAGGCAGUGGAGGCCACCCGAGCUCUCCUGUAGGUGAGAGCCUGAUUUGGAAGCAGGCUCCGUGAGCGUGGGAGAUUUACUUGACUGUCUAUGACCCCGGAGGGCUGUAACUUUGUCCCCUAUUGGCCAAGAAAUCUAAGCUGAUAGUGAACUGUUGUCAGAGAAGAGAGGCCCCUGGUGCAGAUCUGCUGGUCUGGAGAUGAAGUUGGAAGUGUUACUGAUCAGGCCAGAUAUGCUCGUGUCAACUUACUACUUACAUCUCUUUUGUGGAGAAAACGGUUUGAUAUUUUUAAGCUGUUUGUGUUCUCUUACGCUAUUAGAAGGUAAAUUGAUAAGGUAGCAUUAACCACAAAGAUGCUUAGUGUUUAAAAAAAAUUCCCUAGCAAGUAUUGAAACUUCUGAAAUACGUAGAUCACUUGUACAGGGUUAAUCUUGAAAUAAUACUUGAAGACUUCAUUAUAAAUAUAUCCUAUUUUCAUCUUAAGUUGGAAAUCGUUUUUGACAAAAUUGUUUUUGUACCAUUAGAAAAGAAAAAUCGUAACUUACAUUCUUAUUUAUUUUGGGUGUUUUAUCCUCAGUUUUAAUUUUAAAACCAAGACAUGACACUCAGCCUCAUGCUGUGGCUACUUUCUCACUGCUGCUUAUUGGAGGUCUCCCAGUGAAAGCCGGUCACUGUGCAUUUUUUAUUAGGAAAGGGUAAACGGAUUCUGAAUAAUCCUCAAGUGAAAGCAGAUUUCUGUUCCUCACCCUGUUUCCCUCAUGUCUUACUUGUGUCUGUGCACCUGCGGGCUUGUGCGGGCCUGCAGUAGCCGCGCCCCCUGCUCUCCUGCUGUCCUGUGCCACCGUCGUGGUCACCCCAUCUUUCAGUUCCGUCAACACCAGCCUGCCUCUGGUCUGACCUCCCUGGCUGUCCCCACGCACUGUGAUGUUUCUUGUGUGGCCUGCAGCUCCUGACCUGGGGCCCUUUUGUUCAAGCUGACACCACCUUUAGGCUUCUUAACAAGUCACUUGGAAGAGGAAGUUGGACUUUGAAAUCACCUGCUUCUGAUUUAUUGAGGGUUAUUAUUAUUUUUUUAAUCUCUAAGGGACUUGAUUGGCACUUCUACCUCCCAGGCUACAUUCUGCAGUGAGUAUCAUUUGAAAUAUUCUGUUUGUGGGCAGAAGUGGGAAUUUGGAAUUUACUCAUGGAAAACAACAGUCCAGUCGAUUAUUUAUAGGAACAGGCUUGCUGUUACAGUAUGUUUGUGUAUAUUAUUCAUCCUGUGUGAUGAAUACCGUAUUUCUUGUUUCUCUUAUGUUCCAAAAAAAAAGCUUAUUGCAGUGUGGUUAUCACUGAUUUUUCCAUGGAACACAUUGGAUAGAUGCCACGGAUCUUACGGAUUUACAUAGGUUUUGUUCUACUGUUUGGAAGGUCUAACAGGCAAGGGUUUGAUAGGCUUUUUCUCUGGCCUGGGUCCAGGUCAUGGGACAGACCUGCUAGGAAGAUUCUCAUUACACUCUUUCUUAGUUUGAAGACUUUUCUUGGUGUAGGGUUACUUACUGCAGAAGCCACGGCAUAUAGUCCUACUCCUAUGAGUAACUUUUUAAAUAGAAAUGAAAUGUCCUGUGUAAAGAUUUCUAGUAGUGAAAGGGACCAGUAUAUCUGAAAGACAAAUGUCCUGGAGCCUUCCUCAAGGACCCCUGUGACGUGUGAGACGUCCUGAGCCUUACGCAAACACGUUCCAGGCAAAUCUGAUUGUGUGGUGGUCUCAGGUUAUAAUAGGACCCUUGAAGGUAAUGUUGUAGAGGGUCUAGAAAACUGGAUGGCUUUAAGUUACUCAUUUCUGUUAAAAAUUUCCUCAUGAAAGGGAGUCCUCAGGUUGGGGCUGUUAGGGAAAAGGUGUCACCAUGCCCAACGAAUUGUAACUUUAAAAAGCAUGUUGAUUUUUUAUAAAUUUAAGUGUGCUGGGGAAUUCCUUAAAUUUUGUGCAAUAAACUAUUUUUUGUUAAA